UCCAAUGACCUUCCCGGCAAGCAAAAGGAGGAGGAAAGAUAGCAGCAGCGGUCCAAGCAUCGAUAUGGCCGCCACAGCAAACAGCAGCGAGAUUAACCGGAAGGCCGCCGUUGCUGCGAAUCCGGCUCCCGGAGCAAGAAAGACAGAGGCAGGAGCGAAGCAUGACAUCUCCUCUGUGGUAAUGGUUGAGGUUCCCCAAGGAUUCUCUUUCACACAGGCAGCGUGCAGCUACGGGUACUUCGUCGUCCCACCCAACCUCUGGCAACGGUGCGAGAGCGGGCCGGGACUCAGUGAUUCGGGCACGUUCAACCGCCCGCUCAGGUUCGGCGAGCGCUUGGUAAACACGGCAAGAUGUACCAUAUCUCUUGUCCCGGCAUGCGGGCAAGUGUCGAAUCCCAAGCAAGGUUCGGGAGGAGACCAACAGGCCAUGGCACUAAGGGUGGACGUGGUUUCUGCGGAGGCGUUGACAGAGUCCGAUCAAGAGGAUAUUCGUGCGCAAGUUGUGAGGAUGUUUCAGACUACCAUCGACCUGGCACCGUGGUUCCGUCUUCACCCUGAGGCGAAGAAGCGAGGCUACGGCCGGCUUUUCCGCUCGCCUACAGUCUUCGAGGACAUGGUCAAGAGCAUCACGGGAUGCAACAUGAAGUUCGGGGGAACCAUUCGCAUGAACAAGUUGCUGUGCGAGGAGUUUGGGCGAUCCGGGGCUUUCCCUACUCCUGAGGACCUGGAAAACGUGCAGGAGGAAGACCUCAAGGAGAAAGCCAAAGUGGGCUACCGCGCCGGCCGCAUCCUGAGGCUGGCAGAGAGCUUCCGGGACGGAUCCGUUGACCCCGCCUGGCUGGAGGCACCCGAACGGACGAGGGAAGAAGUGCUGAAGUUUGUCAAGGCCCUGUACGGCUUUGGGGACUACGCGGCGGGGAACGUGGCGAUGUUGCUGGGCUUCUACGAGGAUAUCCCGAUGGAUAGUGAAACCGUCCGGCACUUCAAGGACUAUCACGGUGUAACGACCAAGAAUGUGAAGGAGGUGGCGCCAAGGGUAAAGAAGGAGUACGAGAAGUACGCUCCUUACCAGUUCCUUCAAUACUGGUAUGAGAUGAUAACGUGGCACGAGAAGAAGCGAGGCUUGGAGGUCCAUCUGUGGAACGCGAGUGAAUUUUCCUUCUGAUUGUCACUGCGUUUCGAUGCUGUGCCCUGAGAUCUAUCUGGCGAGGUGCGUGUGCCACACGGAACCGGGUGUCCAGUUGGAAUGCUGGGGUCGAAUUUCAACCGGUUGGGGCGUCCCGAGCAUCUGGAUUUCCGUACAGGAGAAGAGAAGACCAGCACUCGGUUUGUUGACGAUUUCCGCUAGAAUUCCGAAGGGAACCGCACGCGGUAACGCAAUCACACUCCGUCUCACAGAUAGAGCAGAGGAAGUGUGAUGUUGUUAGGCCAGACGGCGGAGGAGCCAGCCGUAUUGAGGGCAACGUUACGCGCCUGCCUCGAAGACGCUGGCGACCGCCACCAUUGUUGAACCAAGGCCAGGCAGUCCGGAACUCGUCAGGAUGCCGUGACGCUCAUGCCGAUUCUCAAGCUGAAGGUAGAGAGGAGCAAAAAGUAGGCGGUGGUGCCGUGAGUUGAAAACAGUCUAAAACAAAUAGGUAUUGUGGAGAGGAAACUACAGUGUUUUAAUCAUGGUGGUGAUGCAGAUGCGAAACUCUAUCAAACCGAUAGACGAGCGAAACGCUGCGAAACCGAUAGAAAUCGACAAGAUGUGUUGAGGCAUGGCGCAGCCGUUGAGCAGGGAUGCGAAGGGUUGGAGGCAGUUGACGAAGGGUUUGCGGCAGCGGGAAACAACUUGGUGUGUCAACUUGGUUGUGUCUGGGGUGUGUUUAACAUCCCACGCUGCCAGAACCAAGGUCAAAGAAGAAUUGAAGAAACAGCUAUUGUCGCCGUUCGGAGAUGUAGAUAUGGAUACUCCGCGUUGCGCCAUGAACAUGGAGAAGGCGAGAAAAGAGUUAGCGAUGCAUUUUUUGUUGCUGUUCGGAGGUGUAGGUAGGGUGCUCCGAGUCGCGCCAUGACCAUGGCGAUUGCCUCCCUUUGUCUGUUGUGCCCUUGGCACCGGUGGUCCGCAAUCGGCGACGGCAGCAAGGGAGACCGACGUUUUCGCGAACCGUGCCAGAUGUUGCAAGUGUAUCGCCGUCCAGGCGGUUGAGGUAGUCGAGGAAGUGACAGGACGUCUUUGUUGGGUGGUUUGUUGAGGUCGGCCAACAUCACCGGAAAGAGGAGAUGUCGCACGUGACAGGGCUUCGUAUGAGGCCGCCUUGUCCAUCCUACUUCCCAGCAGACUCCGCAUGUCGAGAAAGAUAUUCCGCCUUUGUUUGUCCCGGGCUACGAUAGAUGAUGAACUUAACAUCGGGCGUCUUUUUGUUACAAACUCCCUGUUGGUGAUGCCGA